GGGCGUAACUCCCGGGGCUCCGCCCCGCGCCUCGGCCCAGCCUUGGGGGUCCAGGGCUGAGGGUGCGGAACAUAAGUAAGCGGGUCUCGACCCUACCCCCUCUCGUCCUUGUUGGGGCCGCCGCCGCCGCUGCUGCCCGCUCUCCGUGCCAUUCCCUCGGUCCCCGGCCGCGCGGAGCCGGGAUGCACUGCUCCUGCUGUGGGUCCUCAUCAUGGAGACCAAACGGGUGGAGAUUCCCGGCAGCGUCCUGGACGAUCUCUGCAGCCGAUUUAUUUUGCAUAUUCCCAGCGAGGAAAGAGACAAUGCUAUUCGAGUAUGUUUUCAGAUUGAACUUGCCCAUUGGUUUUACUUGGAUUUCUACAUGCAGAACACACCAGGAUUACCUCAGUGUGGGAUAAGAGACUUUGCUAAAGCUGUCUUCAGUCAUUGUCCAUUUUUGCUGCCUCAAGGUGAAGAUGUGGAAAAAGUUUUGGAUGAAUGGAAGGAAUACAAAAUGGGAGUACCAACAUAUGGUGCAAUUAUUCUUGAUGAGACACUUGAAAAUGUCUUUGAAGAAACUGGUUUUGAUAUCAAAGAUUAUAUUUGUAAGGAUGAUUACAUUGAACUUCGAAUCAAUGACCAGCUUGCUCGUUUGUACAUCAUUCCAGGAAUUCCAAGAGAGACAAAAUUUAAUCCAAAAACCAGAAGGGAAAUUCGGAACAUUGAGUGGUUCUCCAUAGAGAAGUUGCCCUGCCAUAGAAAUGAUAUGACCCCAAAAUCCAAACUUGGUUUGGCACCUAACAAAUUUUUUAUGGCUAUUCCCUUUAUCAGACCAUUAAGGGACUGGCUUUCUCGAAGAUUUGGGGAUUCCUCAGACAGCGACAAUGGAUUUUCCUCAGCUGGUAGCACACCAGCUAAACCCACGGUGGAAAAAUUGAGUCGAACCAAAUUCCGCCACAGUCAGCAAUUGUUUCCUGACGGUUCUCCUGGUGACCAGUGGGUAAAGCACAGGCAGCCACUGCAGCAAAAGCCAUAUACUAAUCAUUCUGAAAUGUCUGACCUUUUAAAAGCAAAGAAAUGUGAAAAGAAACUUCAUCCACGAAAACUUCAGGAUAAUUUUGAAGCAGAUGCUGCAUAUGACUUACCUUGCUCUGGUGAAGACCAGUUGCUGGAACAUGCCGAGAUUCAGCCGGUGGCAUGUAAUGGACACUGCAAAUUUCCCUUUUCAUCCAGAGCCUUUUUGAGUUUCAAGUUUGACCAUAACGCUAUAAUGAAAAUCUUGGACCUUUGAUAGCAGCAGGCGUGUUGUGGAAGUCCCAAGAUCAGAGACCUGUUGCAUUUGAGUGGGUGUCUCUCUGAGCCUUACCUUUCUCAGGUGUUUUAAAGAAAUGCAGGGAGGCAAUGAUGUUCUGUGUGCAGAAAAGAGAGUAGAAAGAAAUAUGAAUUUGAACUGUUGAUGCAUUUAUAACCUUUUAUACAGAUGUACCUUUUCAGUGUUUAGCUAAUGAAUUUAAGUUGCUUUUUAUGAGGGCAUUUUUUUUUUUUUGUGAUUGUGUUUUUUACUUUAUAUUUUUAUCAAGAAAACAGUGUUUCAAUUAUCAAGUAGCCAAGUUAAUGGGCAUGCUCCAUCUACCCAUUUCAGUGAUUAUAAUAAUAGUUUCCUUAUAUUGAAAUUUUAAAAGAAACUUAAAUACACAAUUAUUAAGUGAAUACAAGAGCUAAAAUGUCACAGAAGUCCAGAUUGCAGGUCAUCUGCUUUGGUGGCAUUUUAUACAUUACUUUGCUUCUAACCACUUAGGUCCUCUAAUCUUCCUCUGCUGGGCGUUUUAUUGAAAGGUUUUAUUUGGAGCCAGCAUAUGUUAUACAAUGUUCAUGUUCAGAAUGAACUCUUAGUGCUUCACUAAAGGGCAGCGUCCUCAGCCUGGCUGGGUGGGGAGUUGCUGUUCCAAUUUUGCGUUGCGUGCAGGCGAUCAACCUGUGAGACUUCUGCGGAGAGCAGCAGAGAGCACAGAGGCCAAGACCAGCCGCUGCUUCCUCCGGUCCUGUCUGCCGUCCUGCCGCCAGCCCUUUGGUGUUGUGCAAUGAUUCUGCUCUCGUGAAAAUUUAAUCUGUAUUACGGUUGUGUAAAUACGAAUGGAAUACUGACAAUAUUAGGUUUUACAUUGCAUCUCAGUGUUGCUCUCUGGAAACUGAUGUUCUAUUAGGUUCCAAUUUGCAGUCGUAGCAGAGACGGACCUGCUUCUGUUAGCAUGCUGAAGCCCCGGGGUGAUGGAGCAAUAUGGAAGGGGUACGCGAUUAACGCAAGUACAGAUAAAGCAUUUCACUGGGGGAGGAUUAGAACACAAAAGUAGCGUAUGUAACUCACUCCUAGGAAUGUAUUUUGCUCUUUCAGGAUUCUGAAAUCCAAAUAAGGAUGGCAGUGCCCAUUUUAAGAAGGGUUUUAGCUAUAAUUGAGGACAAUCACCAGGGCUUUAAGGGGGCUUUAGUGUUUGGGCUGCUUCUGACCUCAGUGAAGGUAUUUCUUUGUUGGGGGUGUGGGGGUGGUGGUGAGCAUAUGCGUGCGUGUGCAUUUGUCAUGUGGGUUUUAAAAAUCAUUUUUUACAUGUGGUAUCCACAAAAUAUAUCUCUGCUUGUAAAUUUUAUUGUAGAAAUCUUUAUUCUGUAUAGAUAGCCUAUUUAAUAGGGGUUCUAUUUAACCUAGUGGGACUUUCAAAAGAAAUGCUAUUGUAAGGAAUUCACUUGGUAUUACUUUGCUUUAACUUUUAAAUGGCUUGAUUUUAAAGAAGAAAUUCUAUUUAUUAAUAAGAGUGUCACCCUCUUGGUGCUAAGCAGGAGAAUUCACAAUUACAGCAUUGUGUUUCAAAUUCGGUUAUUUACAAUAAUGCAUCUUUUAAUGUGACAGAUUUGUGAAUCCUUCUGUGACCUUUUUAAAAAUGCAUUAUAUGAUUAUGUUUGGAAGCUCUUACUGUCCUUUCCAGAAAUACAGCUGCUUUGCUUGGGUCUUCUUGAGCCAUAUUUAUAGUUGGUCCCAGCAUUCCAGAUUUCUGUUAAGUUGCUAAGGGAGUGAAAACUUCAUUUGCCUGACAGGUAAAUCAUUUUCACUCAUUUACUGUUAUCUGGAAACUUUUUAAUUUUUAGAGAUUUUGUAUGUGUUUCUUUUUAAGUGAGUACUAUAUUAUGGUCAGUCUUCUGGUGCCUAGAGCUGCAUUUUCAGCUCUCAAUACUAAAGCAAAAGAGAUUAGAGGGUUUUUUUUGUUUGUUGGUUUUUUUUCAGAAGUAUGUCUGGUAGUAAUGGUGUUGAACCUUUUCAAGAACCAACAAAUGAUGUCUUUUCAAUUAUGGUGGUGUAACCAUAGUUAAACGUUAUGCUGUUGUGCUGCUUCACUUAAUGCACUGUGGAACAAAAUAAGGGUAUUCUUGGGAUGGGAUUUUGAUAACUUGAGGCUUUUAACUAUCUUGACAGUUUGAGAUUUUAAAAAAUAUGUUAAAAGAUGGGACUGAAGUUUGUGUGUGAUGUGACUUAACUAUGCAGAAAAUGUGUAAGUUGGAUGGAUGUACUUGCUUUAUGUACAUCAGGUAUACUUCUUCCCUUGAACCUGUGUAUUAGUUUCUCAGUGUUCAGGUUUCCUUGAGAAAGGCCAUGCUUAGCACAGAAAUGGAUUUCUCCUUUGAGAAAUUUUAGCAUGGUUUGAAGAAAUCAAGUGAUAAUGGAGUGUUCUCAAUAUGCAAUAAUGUACUUUGGUGUGCUGCAUUUUAAGAAGCUAGAUGAGGAGAGUAGUUGUGUUGGCUUCAUGUCUUUCAAAGAGAAAUAGGUCUUUGAAUCCACUUUUAAAUGUUCUUAUGUUCCAACCUUAUGUGUUCCAAGUUUCAGUGCACUGUGAAUCUUUCAUUUUUAAAAAUUUUGUAGGUGCUUUUAUGUAUAACUUAAUGAUCCAUAAGAUGUUAAAUGAAUUGUUUUUGUAUUUAACCAUUGUAAUCCAAAAGAUAGGGGUAUGGUUUACAUGCUUUUAUAAGUUUUUAUUAAGACAUAGUAAAUGAAUGGUUUUAGGAUUUCAAACAGUGACGCUCUCCUGAGAAAUGAGCAUUUGGAGAAGUCUGAGAACCUAAUAGAACUCUUUUAUGAGCAUGGGUAUAAUUUGAUUGAAGAUGUUUAAAAAUUAAGUUGGAUUUUCAUGUUAGUAUAUAAAGGCAAGUCUGUGCUGUCAAAGUAAUGUGUGGUCAUUGCUCGCUGCCUUGAGCUUUGGAUAUCCUUAUUUUUCUAUUAAAUAUCAGUAAGUACAGAUAAUGAAGAUGUAUAACAAAAGUUAGCAAAAUUUUAAGGUAUAAGAUUGGGUUGGUACUUAUUAGUUUUUUAGUCAUGUGUGUGCAGUAGUCCCCCCUUAUCUGCAGUUUUGCCUUCUGCUGUUUCAGUUACCCAGUCAACUGCAGUCUGAAAAUAAAUGGGAAAUUCCAGAAAUAAAUAAUUCAUGAGUUUUAAAUUGUGGUUGUUCUGC